ACGAUGGAGGCUGAUGUGGAACACGAGCGAAAAUUAACGAUGAACGAAGUGAAGCAGAAGAUGAACGUUAUGGGAAAUCAGCAGGUGCCAAACGAGGCUAUGGAGAACAUGGCGUAA